UGGUGACUUGCAAUAAAGCUAUGGAAGAUUUAUGAUGCCACAACAGCUAUGGCUGGAGGCAUUAUGUUUUGGGUUGUCCGUACGUACGUACAUACGUCUCAUCAUUAAUAUAUUUCAAAUUCCACAAAGGCCCCAUGUUCAUCAAGCUUCCUGUGGGAAGCCUCCUCACUCCUCCCAACACAAAUAAGGGGAACUGAUACAUCCUUAAUUACAGCAGACCACGUCAAUUUGUGGGCCACCUGAGAAGACAUGAAAUAAGUGAGAAGUGUACCUGUUGGGUCCAACCGACUCGAAGGUCAGAGUUCGCCCUUGUUCAGCUUUGUAAAUUCACACACUUGACCAACAGAAACAUUGAUAUCAUCAACUUGUUUUCUACAAUUUCACACAACCAAACUGCAGUGUCGCUUCCCUAAGCUGCUUACAAUUUGUGAUUGCUUUGUUUAAUAUUUAUUUAAUAGCCAUGGAGGACUUGUGACAUCACACCUCUUUUCAGUGCUGAGUGUUGGUCACUUUGUUUGACUGGAUUAAUGUCAUCAUAUCUUUAGGCAGGCUUUUUGAUUUAAACUUGUGUUCUCCAACGAAAAAUCUACUCAGGUGAUGUCAUUUGACUAAUUGUCCCAGAUUUUGCGCAGCUUCCAUCUGAACCAUGGUACACUUUCUACAACUGUUUUCUCUUACUUAGCUAUAUUGCCUAAGACCAGCAAAACAGACUUCAGUACAUGUCUAAAACCGGUUAACCCCUUUGAACUGCUCCUCCACUUUCUCUGCAGGACACACUGUUGUGUUUGCUGACCAGUCAGGGAUGAAUGCCUCUGGACACGUAAUGCUGGGAACCAUGGAUGUUCAUCAUCAAUGGACCAGACUGUUUCAGCAGCUGCCCAGCUAUCGCAGCCUGCAGCAGCAGACAGACUGGUUGAAGGAGAGGAUCAGCCUCCUCCUGGGUGGCACUCAAGUGGUCCACAUGGAGAGGCUGGGACCAGUUCAGCCCAUCGCCGAGCACUACAGCACCCUCAGCACCUUUCAUAAGAGCCUGAUGUCCCGACGCCUUCGCCUGCACCCCAGGAGUCUGCAAGGGCUCACCAUGUUGUUGGAGAAUGACCGCUCUAACCCCAGUCUUCAUGAGAUGGGGCAUUUCAUUAUCCCCACCAACUGUGACCCUCCCAAGCUGCAGGUCUUCCUCCAGAGCCAUGCCCCCGAGGCCAGACGGCGCACCCAACACAAAAACCA